GACGCCUCGACCCUGGAUUACGAGCUGCUGUCGCCCGGGCAGGCGGAGGCCGGUCCCGGGCCCCCCGGCAUGGACGCCGAGCAGAAGACGGUGUUUGCCUUUGUGGUCUUUCUGCUCAUCUUCCUGGUGACGCUGAUGGUGCGCUGCUUCCGCAUCUUGCUGGACCCUUACAGCCGCAUGCCAGCCUCCUCCUGGACUGACCACAAGGAGGGGCUGGAGCGCGGCCAGUUCGACUACGCCCUGGUCUAG